UUCUAGCUCUUAUUUGAAAAAUAAAGUUUUCAGAAAAUUGCCUGUAAAGUUUGAAUUUACUAUAAAGAGUCGAUAAUAUUUGUAUUCCAAUAUGUACGAAAUACCUAAUAUUUUGAAAUUUCGAUCAUGAUUUCUUGAAAAACUAAACUAACACACGCCAAAAGUAUCAAAUUUUAGAGCACUUCCCCGCCCAUUGUUUUAACGUUUCCUUUCAAAGUUGCAUGGACCCUUUUUGGGGCCAUAGUCCGCCCCUGGUGUCUUGUUUGCAUGCGGCUGCAGGUAAUUCCUCAUUUCAUUCCACUUCCAUCCAUAAUAAUAAAUGUAGAAAGGCAAUGAAUAUGGCAAAUCUAUUAGCAUAACAUCGCAUAAAACAAAAGGGCCCCAUGAAAAAAGGGGAAAUGUUUAUUGUAAAUCAGUUGCAUUGGAUCCGUUGAGCAGAGCAGCAUUAUUGUUAUUACCAUUGAGCAGCUAUGAACAUUUGGAAGGCGAAAGUAUUGACCGAGGUGCCAUUUGGUCAUGUUCUCAUUGUGAAUGGACGCUGCAAGCCGCAUCCCAAUAAAAUUUCGUUGGAUCUAACGGACAAUGUGAAUGCCCAGAAUGAAAGUGAAACUGUUUUUCUUAAAAUCGAGGCGAAUUUUCGUGAGGGGCAAAUCAUACGGAGCAUGUUCCAACCGGGCGAAGGAUGGCAACAGGAGGAGAUAUCGAAAAAUUGGAAAUGCGAUGGCCCCAAAAAUCCUUUACAACCGGGUCAGAAUUUCACUUUCCGAGUAGCCGUUUUGCAGCGUUGCUUUGAAAUCUAUGUGAAUGAUCAAUUGUACGGAUCGUUUGAGUUUCUGAAAUUCCCAAAGCAAAUCAAUUUCGUUCGCGUCUAUGGGGACUUUGAGAAGAUAACCCAGUUCCAUCAUCGGAUGCUGUUCCCCUUGGUAUUUCCACGUAGCCUUAUUUUGGCCGGUUCCGAUCGGGUGGCCUUUCAGAGUGAUGUGCCCCGGCGUUAUGAUGCUGGCACUGUCGUGGUUAUGGAGUGCAUCGCCAAAGGUUUACCCAAUUCAGAAUUUUCCAUAUGCUUUCAAUGCAAUGACACGGGUCGGUCAGUGCUCAAAUUUCAUGUGAAUUUCGAGCGUACAACUGUGACUCGUAGCUAUCAGCGAGAGGAUAAUAGCUUCUCAACGGACGAUGAAGAGACCGAGGGAGAAUUUCCCUUUGUGCGUGGCAAACUCUUCAAGAUCGCCUUCGGACUGGGAGAUCGAGCCUUUCUUAUAGCCGUCAAUGGGCAAUAUUUUACAUACUAUAACUUCUCGGUGCGUCCCUUUUCGAUAUCUACAUUGAAGUGUCUUACCAAUGAGGCUGGAGAUUUUGCUGUUCGCAGCAUUGAAUAUCAUUCCGAUUCCCCGCUCUUGGCCCGUGUGGAGAAAUUGUCCAUCAUUUAAAUUUGAAUAUAUUCCAGGACGAGAAACCAAUUUGAAUUGCUCCGUUUAUUAUCUGCACCAGUUGAACUGUUAAAAUCAAUCUUAAUAAAUUGAAAUCCACUCGGUAUUCAAACACAA